CUAGACCCGAUCCCUAACAACUACUAGACCUCUAACACCGAACAGCCUCCAGAGUCCGGACCAGAGAGAACCGGACCAGAGAGAACCGGACCGGAGAGAACCGGACCAGAGAGAACCGGACCGGAGUCACCGGGAGGACCGGAGAGUCUGUCAUCAUGGGUCCGCCGCGGUCUAAGAAGCGGCGCCCGACGUUCCGCCGGCUGCUGAAGACGAGCGGCGUGAAGCUGGACAACAAGCUGAAGAACCGUCAGAUGAAGCAGCAGAACGUGGCGAAGAAGCAGAGGAAGGAGCAGAAGAAGAUGAGGGCGGCGGUGAAGGACGCCGCCCUCAGGACGCCGCGCCCGCUGGAGACGUACAGGAAGAGACCCGAGGAAGAGGAGGAGGAGGAGUUCCUGGAGAGUCUGCCCACAGACAUGAUGGAGGAGGACGACCUGCAGCAGAUGACCGCCAUGGCUCGCCAAGCGUCCUUCAUCACCAGAGACCUGUCGUCAUGCGGUCCGGUGCACGGCGGGAAGAAGAGGAGCGCCGAGGUCGUCCGCGGUUACGAGAAGGUUCCCAGGAAGCUGGCGAGGACGGAGGACAAGGAGGUCAUCCACCUGCUGCCCAUCAAGGACCGCCGAGGACUCGUCCCUCAGAGCGUAGAGAGAGUCAUCAAGAAGGAGGAAGAGGAGGAGGAGGAGGAGGAAGAGGAGGCUGCUGACGAGCUGGAAGACGCAGAGGGGGCGGAGCCAGAGAGCGGCUUUCCAGCGCUGACAGCAGAUCAGAGAGAGAAGAUCAGAGUUACUAAGAUCAACGAGAAGAAGAUGAACAUCGCCCGUCUGGGAUCGGCCGUCAUGUCUGACCCCUACAGCAACAUCAAGCGUGUGAAGGAGCUGCGUGGGAUGCUGAUGGAGGCGGACCCCAGCGUGGCGGUGACCAUCAGGAAGCUGGUGAUGGUGUCUCUGAUGGAGAUCUUUAAAGACGUCGCCCCGACCUACAGGAUACGACCUCUGACCCCCGAGGAGAAGGCCGCCAAGGUGAAGAAGGACACGCAGCAGCUCCGAGACUUUGAGGAAGGUUUAGUCAGUCAGUACAAAUUCUACCUGGAGGACCUGGAGCAGACCGUCAAAGACUGGAAGCAGAAGAAGAAGAAGCGCAGUCAGGCGGUGGCGUUCCAGUCGUACCUCGGUCUGGCUCAGGUCGCCGUCCGCUGCCUCACCGAGCUGCUGCUCGCUCUUCCUCACUUCAACUUCCACAACAACAUCAUCGUCGUCCUCGCUCCUCUGAUGAACGACUCCGACAAGCAGGUGUCAGGUAUGUGCUGUGAUGCGUUCAGGAACCUCUUCCAUCAGGACAAAGAGGGCGGGCCUUCGUUGGCGGCGGUGCGGGUCAUCUCCGGCCUCGUCAAGAGACUCAGCUACAACGUCAGGCCUGAGGUGCUGAGGACCCUGCUCAGUCUCAGGAUAAAGGAGGUGCAGAUGAAGAAGGACCUGGAGGACACGGCACCGAAGAAGAAGUUCAUGAACAACAAAGAGAAGAAGAAGAACCUGUCCAGGAUGCAGAGGAAGUGGAAGAAGGCGGAGGAGGCGCUGCAGAAGGAGCUGCUGGAGGCUGAAGCCACUGAGAACAAAGAGAAGAAGAUCAAGCUGCACACAGAGACGUUGAACAUCGUCUUCCUCAUCUACUUCAGGAUCUUGAAGAAAUCUCAGAAGUCUGUUCUUCUUCCUGCCGUCCUGGAGGGUCUGGCCAAUUUUGCUCACCUCAUCAACCUGGAGUUCUUUGACGACCUGCUCAACGUGCUGCAGAACCUCGUCCAAUCAGGAGAUCUGACCAACCGGGAGAGUCUCCACUGCAUCCAGACUGUCUUCACCAUCCUGUCAGGACAAGGUGACGUCCUGACCAUCGACCCGUUGGCGUUCUACUCUCAGCUCUACAGGAUGUUGCCGCGGCUCCACGCAGGGGCGCCCAGUGAUGACAUCAUCAUCGUGCUACGCUGCCUGGACGCCAUGCUGACCCGCCGCAGGAAGCAGGUGACCCUGAGGAGGGCGAUGGCGUUCGUCAAGCGACUGAGCACGCUCAGUCUGCACGUGCUGCCCAACGCCAGCGUGGGGAUCCUCGCCGCCACCAGAGCCGCCGUGCACGCGUUCCCUAAGUGUGACUUCCUGUUGGAUAACGAGGUUCAGGGCAGCGGCUUCUUCCUGCCGGAGCUGGAUGAACCGGAACACUGCAACGCCCAGAACACAGCUCUGUGGGAACUACACACACUACAGAGACACUACCACCCGGUGGUGCGACGGUUGGCGUUCCACCUGAGUCAGGGAGCGCCCAGCGAGGGCUCGGCGGCGCUCGGCGUGGAGCUGAGCCGCAGGUCUCCGCUGGAGCUCUUCAACGCCCACACUGACAGAGACGUGACCUUUGACCCCCCUGUAGCUCCGCCCGGCAGGAAGAAGAAGGAACGUUUCGUGUUUGGAGCGACGCUGCUGGACGCCGAGCUGCAGAGACGAGCCGACAGCGUCCUCGCCGCCGCCGCCGAGGACACGGAGCUGGACUUUACUGCAACACACUGACAGACGCACGCACACGCACACACACACACACACACACGAUAAUAAAAACAACUCCCUUCAAAAUAAAAGCCUGAAUGUGCCUGGAGCUGUACAGAAACAGGAAGUGAUGCGUUUGUUCUUCAGUGAAAUAAAAGUUUUUAUUGAAACAUCA